AUGACAGCACUGAAGGACGAGAACGGCCAACUGAAGACGUCAAGGAACGAGAUGGAGCGCCUGACGGUCGACUUCUACACGAAACUCUUCCGAAGCGACGUUCCCGUCCCCAGAACACCAACGCCGCCACCAGAAGAUGAACCCCCGAUCCUCCCCGAAGAAGUCAAGUACGCCAUCAGGAAGCUGAAGGUCGGAACGGCCGCAGGACCCGACAACAUCUCAUCCGAACUGCUGAAGGCUGGAGGAGACUCGCUGUACCGACUACUUGCCCGGCACUUCUCCAAGUACCUGAGCGAAGCCUCUAUUCCUGAACAAUGGAAAACGUCCAAGACGAUCCUCAUUCCGAAGAAGGGCGACCUCACCGACCUCAACAACUUCAGACCGAUCUCCCUCUUAUCGGUCGUCUACAAGUUGUUCACCAAGGUCAUCGUCAACAGACUAGAGAAGCAACUCGACAACUUCCAACCGCCUUCGCAGGCUGGCUUCCGACGCAACUACUCUUGCCUCGACCACAUCCACGCCUUGACCCAGGUGGUGGAACGGCACCGGGAGCACCAGAUGCCACUUGCGUUGGCCUUCGUCGACUACUACAAGGCCUUCGACAGCGUGGAGAUCAACGCCGUCUUGAAUGCUCUUGCCUCCGCCGGAGUCGCCACGAAGUACGUCGAGCUGAUCGCCAACAGCAACGAGGGAACGUCCACGACCAUCCAGCUGUUCGACAAGAAGCUUUCGAUCCCCAUCAGGAAAGGUGUUCGCCAGGGAGAUACCAUCUCCCCCAAGUUGUUCUCCACGGCACUAGAAGACGCGAUGCGCCAACUUGGAUGGGACGAAGAGCACGACUGGGAAGACAGUACAGACAUCAGAGGCAUCAACAUCGACGGCAAGGUCCUCACAAACCUCCGCUUCGCCGACGACAUCGUACUCUUCUCAAGCUCCACCACCGAACUGUCCUCCAUGCUGAACGAUCUGGACGAAGUCGGCAAGAAGAUCGGCCUUAAGAUGAACGUCAAGAAGACGCAGUGGAUGAAGAACCGCUUCUGCGACCAAGGCAAAGUCACCCUUGAGGGCCGCGACCUUCAGGAGGUCACAUCCUACAUCUACCUUGGCCGGGAAGUAAACAUGGUGAACGACCUGCAAGCAGAGAUCGGCAGACGCAAACGCGCUGAAUGGGCCGCCUUCAACUCCAUCAAAGAAGUCACCAGUCAGCUGAAAGACCCGAAACUGCGAGCUCACAUCUUCGAAGCGUCGAUGAUCCCUGCCAUCUCCUACGGUACCGAAGUUUGGCCUGACACGAAGAAAAAUGCAACCGCCCUACGAACUUCCUACCGCGCACUGGAACGUGCUCUCAUCGGCACCACUCGCUUCGAGCAGUGGAAAAAAGAACAGAGAAGCACAGACCUCCGUCAACUAUCCCAAAUGCGGGAUCUAGAAGAGCACAUACAACGCGGGAAGCAUCGUUGGGGCGGCCACGUCAUACGCAGACAAGACGACCGCUGGUCCACGAGAUUAACACACUGGAUUCCGAGAAACAUCAAGCGCCCACUCGGGCGCCCACCGACCAGAUGGACGGACUACUUCCGCAAGAACAUCAGUCAGCCAGGCCGCCACUGGAUGACCGUCGCGCAAGACCGAGCCGCCUGGAGAACGUGUGGUCCACGCUGA